CUGUAAUAGUACACAAGCAAAUUCAUGUAUUUAAAAAGCAUGUUCAAUGUGGCACAAAGCGUGCACUGUCAAUGGGAGAGUAGACCAAAUAUGUCCGGUAACUUCUUAAGGAUCGGUAGUGCAUAAUUUACAGUAGCUAAUGACUAACGUAAGUAAGUAACUGCUUUUAGCAGCGCUAUUAUUUACACACUACUAUCGUUGGAAUUAGUUUACAAAAAUCCGGAUAGUCUGCCGGAAGUUAAGGAACAUUAAAUUUAAACAUUGCCGAUUGUCCGUAGGUUUGGUCCUUAUUCAGGGGGAAAUUGAGAAAAAUAAUCUGUUUAAUUUAUGUUCUAUAAAACGUUCCAAACGUGGGUCUGUUGUAGAUUUACCUCCUCUCUGCCUACGUUUGGUAAUGAAGUUCCAUUAGAUGUUUGUCUCCUCCAAUGCAUAUGGAUCAAGCUUAUAGACAAUCGACCGAGUCUGAUGUCAUGUUUCAACAGUGUUGAAUAUGACAUUAAUGCCAGGAGUCCAGGGUCUGCUAGGCCUUCACAGAACCCUUGUACCAGCUUUUAGCCGCUUUGUCUCAUCUCCCACCCAGCUGACAUCUGUUGGUCUUCCCAGGGGGCUUUGCACCGUCACUGCAACUGUCAGCGACUCAAAGCCUUCAGUGGGGCCUGAGAAUGAGUCCUUGCUGGAGAGCUUGACCUUCAUGGGGGUGGACGUGAAGAUGGUGCGCCAGCGCCAACCGGGAGUGCUUCGCAAGAUCAUCACCAAUGAGCAAGGUCUGGCUCACUUUCUCCAUGGCAAAGGCGCCAGCCGCAAAGUGGUGGCCGGCAUCAUCUCCCGGUACCCACGAGCCAUCACUCGCUCGGGUGAGCACUUGGAGCAACGCUGGGCGAUGUGGCGGGGUGUCUUCAAGAGCGACAGCGAAAUCGUCAGCAUUCUGGACCGCUCGCCCGAGUCCUUCUUCCGUUCGAGCGACAACGACAACCUGGAGAAGAACAUCGUGUUCCUGGGCUCGCUGGGCCUCAACGCCAAGGACCUCCACCGCCUGCUGACCACAGCGCCACGGACCUUCUCCAACAGUGUCGAGCUCAACCGUCAGAUGGUGGAGUUCCUGGAAGAUGUGUGCGCCGAGUUGGGUGGAGAGGACCCGGGGCAGUUCGCCAAGGUAGUGAUUUCCCGAAACCUCUAUAUCCUCAUCCGCAGCACCAAGAGGGUGAAGGCAAACAUUGACUUCCUCAAGGCGACUUUCAAGAUGAGUGAUCCGGAGCUGCUGGCUCUGUUGCAGGGUGCUGGGGCAGAAAUCCUGGACCUCUCUAACGAGUACCUGAAGAGAAACCUCAAGAUGCUUCAGGAGAAGCUGGCGUCUCUCGGCUGUCGGAAAGUCGACGUCAAGAAACUGAUCGUCUGCUACCCCACUGUGCUGUUCAUCGGGUCGGAUACGCUGAGUUCAAAACUGGACUGUCUAUUAAAGGGAGGGAUCACUAUGAGGCAGAUACUGGAGAAACCUAAAGUCCUGGAGUACAGCACACAGAACAUCACAGGGCGACUAGAGGAGCUGCAUAAACUUCGGUAUGACUUUGAAAAGAACGGCAUCAACAUUCUGGACUCUAGCCGAAAACGUUUCGACGCCAAGUUGGAAAGACUGGCUCUCUCGUCAGAGGAAUGAGUUGUAUCAACAUUUCGGUUAUGCUUAGAAUGAAUCAGACAUUUUUUGGCACUAGAUUUUUUCAUUGCUACCUGAAGCAUAACCUCUACAUAUCACUGUCCUCCUCCUAAACUAUAGGAUUUGAUUGUGCAUAGCUGUAAUAAGCAAGGUAUACAUACGGUAGGUAAAAACAUGAGAAUCAUGUCAGUAUCAGGAAACAUUUAUUUUUAAUUUGAACCAAAAAGAGUAUGUAAAGUAGUGUCAUCAUAUUUGAACUAUGAUUUAGAUGUUUACGUAAGCUAACAAACUGUGUAUUGUAGUACUGUGUCAAUGUAUUUCUCAUGAUUGAUUAUGAGGCACCUUAUUGAACUUACCAAUGGUUUUACAGAACUGUAAACUACCAAGAGGCAUCAGUACACUGUUUUCACUGACAGAUUCUCAAACGUAUUUUUUGCCAGAUGAGCUGUCCGAUGAGAAAUCAGCCAAACUCCUUUCUUCCUAGCUUACUGUGCAUUCGGAAAGUGUUCAGACUCCUAGACUUUUUACACAUUUUGUUACGUUACAGCCUUAUUCUAAAAUUGAUUAAAUACAUACAAAUCCUCA